AAAGCCCUCAGCUCGCAGUCUGCUCCGUGGACUCUGAAGUUGUUCAACUGGCCCUUUCUUUUCCAACAAUCAACCCAGCUGCCACCCGCAUCUCUGAAUUCCAGAACUCGUUCGUUUUUGUUAAGCAGUCGCCAGCACAAUGGUUUCCGUUCGCUACCUUGUCGGUGCCGCUCUGGCCAUCGCCAGCGUGUCGGCUUCUGUUCUCGAGCCCGAGGACCUCCUGGAGCAAGCAUCCCGUCUGCUCAAGCGUCAAGAGCCCGGCACACCUGCCUACAACUGCCACAACACCUGUGGACAAGCCCUUCGCCAGGGUCGCUUCAGCGGCGACGCCCGUUGCUCCAACGACGUCUUCCUCACAAACUACAAGAACUGCCUCCAGUGCUCCGGUCCGGACAACCACAACAUCUGGACCUUUUACGGCAACAGCGUCGGCAGCUUCGGCCGCGCCUGCGGUCUCUCCACGACCCCGCUGUCCGGGAAGCAGCCCGACGUGCCCGAGGCCAUACCCGCAGUCGAUCCCGGCGCGGCCGUGACGUCAGCCACCGCCUCGUCGGCUGCCGCCUCGUCGACCGGGCCACGCGUGACGGCCACACCCCCUGCAGCUCCAUCUUCGACCUCGGGCGCUUCGUCUGCCGCCACUACUAGCCCGGUCAGUGUCCCCUCGUCGGCUUCUGCUUCUGCUGGUGGUGGUUCCGCAACCCGCACGACGGCGUCUGCUUCGGGCGGUGCUUCUGUCGGCGGAGGAGGCAGCUCGACCUCGCGCGCCAAUGCUCCGACAUCGGCGCCUGUGCCUGCCGGCGCUGCAGCUGUGGCCAAGAACAUGGCGAGCUUGGCUGUGGCGGUUGUGGCUGUUGGAGCCCGGCUGUGGUGAAAAAUAGAACGGGUAAACCUUUGGUGCAGUUGAAUGUGUAAAAUAGCAAGCCCCAGGACUAAUGUAACCAGACCUGUUUUUUCUCAGGUACAGCAUAUCCAGACAUGAUUC